ACGUCACCCUGCCAGGACCCAGCGCUGCACAGCUCAGAGCUGUGGAACUGGAGCUCCUCCUGCUUUUGUGGUUUGCUUUGGGGUUUUUUUUUCUGCAGGUGAACGAAUCCCCGGUGUAAAAUCAGACAGCAAACCAGAAGGGAUCUGGGCUGGGGGCAGGGAGCUGUGUUUGGGAGUUUGCUCCCAGCCAGGCUUUUGCAAUAACGUGCAAAGCUCUGUGUGCAAUCUGAAGUGAGCAAAGAGCUCAGGCCAGGGCUGUGAAAACAGUCCAGAAUUUGGAAAAGAUUCACCGAGGGCAGGUUUUUAAGGUGGGGAAAGCAGGGUUGGAAAAGCAUGCUCCGUUAUCAUGUGGCCUAAUGCCUGACCUCCCCACUGCUCUCUUUGCAAGAGCAAAUUAACUUCCUGUGCUGUAUCAAUGAGAGCUUCAGCACCCCAAUCACUGCAGCAAGUGAGGAAACUGAGGCAGAGGGGAAUUGCUUCACAUUCAGCUUCUGAGCUUUGUCCUUUGCCACCCCGCUGCCCUGCCUGGCAGACAGCAGCACACAGCAGUUGCUCAUUAGUUUUUAGAGCCCUGGUUGAUCCCAGACAGAAAUUGCACUUUAUCCCACAUCAGCUUUCUGUGUUACUGCAUUGCUCUGAACCUCCAUUGCACGCUUUGGUCCCCAUUCUCUCUGCAGAGACCCUGUAAGCGUUUGGGGUCCGUUCAUCACCUCUUUUUUGAAUGUCCUCUAGACUAAACAAACCCAUUUCCUCCAGCACGGCCUUGCAGGUCAUGUUUUUCCUCCACCUCUGCUCAUUCUCACAGUUCUGCCCUGGACUCCCUCCAGCUCCUCCCAGAACUGGACAGCACUCAGCUGAGGCCUCACCAAUAUCUGGGAGGAUUAUUUCUCCUGUCUGGCAAGCAGCGCUCCUGUUUACACAUUCCACAGCGAGGGUGAAGACAAGAGCCAACAUGAACGUGGGAACGGCGCACAGCGAGGUGAACCCCAACACACGUGUGAUGAACAGCCGGGGCAUCUGGCUGUCCUACGUCCUUGGCAUCGGGCUGCUGCACGUCGUGCUCCUCAGCAUCCCCUUCUUCAGCGUCCCCGUGGUUUGGACUCUCACCAACAUCAUUCACAACAUGAGCAUGUACAUCUUCCUGCACACCGUGAAAGGAACCCCUUUCGAGACGCCAGACCAGGGCAAGGCGCGGCUGCUGACGCACUGGGAGCAGAUGGAUUACGGCGUGCAGUUCACGGCAUCCCGCAAGUUCCUGACCAUCAUGCCCAUCGUGCUGUAUUUUCUAACCAGCUUUUACACCAAGUACGACCGGAUACACUUCGUCAUCAACACCAUCUCCCUGAUGAGCGUCCUGAUCCCCAAACUGCCUCAGUUCCACGGAGUGCGGAUCUUUGGGAUCAACAAGUACUGAAGUGUGCGGAUGGAGGAGCAGCGGAGCUGGGGGAGGUUCCUCCUCCCCGCUCCCAUUCCCCCCUGCCCACACUGGGAUAGUUUCACAGCAGCUGUUUAAAUGCAGUACCCAAUAGACAUACACCGCAUGCUGGAUCCUCAUGCCCAAUAAAUCUAAAGAAGCUCCAGAGUAGAGUUUAGUGAGGAGCAGGAUGCUGGACUUCCUUUAUUCCAGCGUCAGAAAUAGAUGCAGACACACCGAGACUCCAAGGUACAAAGAGGCCGAAUUGUGGGAAGGCUUUCAUCUAUCCCAGGUGCGACGAGAACAGGGGUGAGGGGAAAAGCUUUUAGUGCUGGUACUAUUGCUGUGGUAAAUGCACUUUAACAUGAUCUCCCUUUCCGAGGCUUUGGUGCUUUAAAGCGAUACGCGAGGAAAUCGAAAGGGACGCAGCCGAACUCUCCCAAUAUUGGAUGGUUUCAGGUUUUGUUUCCACUUCUUGGGCAGAAGAAGAGAAGGGAGGGGAACAGAAUGACAGAUUUUUUUCUUUGGAAAUCUUUCACGCCGCUGGGAAAGGAAGUUCAACUGAAAGCAGCACAGGCAAAAAGCGACGACCUGCACGCUGGGGCAGCGCUGUGCGUCCUGGGGGAGCGGCCGUCCGGUCCAGGGAAAAGAUCCCAACUCCCAGCUGUGGCUUCCAGCUUGGAUGACUUUGCUUCCCAUCCCGAACCUCUCAACUUUUCAAGCACUCAGGCAGCGAAGCGUUUGGACGAAGGGCUGAGGUGCAGCUCGUCGGAGUGAUGGACUGCAGAUGCUCCCCUGCUGCGCGGAGCUGCGUGAGCCUGGGAGGAACCAAAGAGCGAUGGGUGCAGACGUGCGAGGGCUGGGUGCUGCUGCAGAGGCUGGUGGCAGCGAUUUGAGCUCUCCUCCUCCAUCCAUCCCCUCGGCCUCCUCAGCCCACACAGCCGUUAAUGAGAUCUGCCCGUUCUCCAAUUAACUCAGCAUGAAAGCCUCCACGUGGCGACGAAGCGCUGCGACCCCAGGGCUGAUCCCUGCCAGUGGGGAGGGAGCAGAGCAGCGCUGAGGAGCAGCACCAGCAGCACACUGACCUGACCAAGGGAAGGGUCUUUGUGUCACCAAAGACAGCAGAUGGUUUUGUAUAGGAAUAAAAUCCAGCCUUCAUCCCCCUCCAACCACCGCUGGAACACAGGAGGGCUGCAGGUUUAGCUUUCGUGGCCAAGAUGCCUUUCUGCUGUUCAAAGCAAUUGGUUUUUCUUGCAAGCUGUGUGCUGGGUGAAACGUGGUUUUGCUCAUGCUUUCCCUGACAGCAACCUGCAUUUUUUGUUGUGCUUACGUUGUCUCACACGGCCAAUGAAGGUGUUUUAAACAUGCUGGGUUUGUUCUUAAUUAGCCGAGUCUAGCUUGAGAAGUCAGAGUGGAUGCUGAGUUCUGUUGGAGGGUCUGAGCACAGGGCACAGAGGAGCUCCAAGAUCUGCUAUAUAAGACCUAGCACUGCUCCAUGCAUAAUAUCAGGCUUUACUUCUGUCCCAAGCUCACCAGGCUGCUGCAGCAAAGGGAGAAAACAGUUAACAUUGCUCAGAGCCUUGCUGGGAUGCACAGGGUCAUCACCCAAUAGGUUUGAACAAUGGAAAUGCUGGAAGUGGAAAGGAAGGUAGAAGGAGGGUUGGUGUUUGAGUGCUGAUCUCCAGUGGGAGCUUGGCAGAUCGUGGUUACCUGACUGGGUGGGGGUUAAACCGCCCUGAAUGAGGACUGCUGCUUUAGUUAAGGUACUGCAGACCCUAAAGCUGAUGUGCUCUGUAAGCUACCAGACAAUGACUUUGGGGAAAGAAAUACUUGUUUUUGUCACACUAGAACUAUUUUGUCAAUCAGUCCUUUGGAAGUUAGGGAGGAAUGAACAGCACCAGUGCCUGGGAUGCCUGUGGACACUGCAGUGCUGCAGCAGCUGCUCCUAACAGGAGCACACGAACCCACAUCCAGUGGGGAACCUCCAGGAGAAACAAAUGCUGCUCGUUUAGGCAUAAUAUAAAGGGGGAAAAUACAAGCUUUUAUGCAACAGAAGUCGUUGUUUUACCAAGGGUGCUUUGGCUUAAAAACAUGACUCCCAUCCAUAGGGCAUCUGCUGGUUGUCUGUAGGCAUAUGUGAGCUAUUCCAGGUCAGAGCAGUUGUGUUUUGGGGCUCGGCUCCAUUGCAGUGUUACUGCUGGGGUUGGAGCAUCUGAUGUCUGUGCUGAUAGCUGACAGAUGGGCACCUGGUUCUGUCCUGUUCAAUGGAAGACAUUCAAUAAAACAAUACAGAAUGGAAUUACAGACUUCUGGAAAAGGCAGGUUUUCAAGCCCAGGGUCCAGAGCUCCUUGUGGGGCAAAGCCUUAAUUACAAUAGCAAACUUCUCCCAUUUUAUUUAACUGGAAUGAUUCAAAUAGCCAUUACAGGUGUCCUCAUUUGGGGUUACGUGGCAGAUGACAUUCUUUCCAAGGCACAUAAAGCAUUUCUGCUAUGCAGUAUCUUAAGUUCACUUGGACUCAUGCAGUCAAUCCAAUCAAAAGGAAUAUUAAUUAAAACUGGAGAAACGCAGAGUCGAAGGGCUUUGUGUUGAUAAAGCAGUGUGUGAGGUGGUUUCAUCGGAUUAAUGGCUACUGGGACAAUGACUGAUCUCAGAUCUUCCUUCAGAUGCCAUCCUAAGGGGAGCUACCAGAAUUAGGAUCAGGAAAGGAACCUUCCAGAACAGCACUGGGUCCUGCUGGGCAAACGACGCUCACUGCUCUGUGCCUGGAUCCUCCCUGCCAGCACUGCUGUCCCAGGGAGCCUCUGCUGAAGGGUCUGCGCUGCAGAGCUGGGAAAGCACAGCACCACCCCAGCUUGAGCUGCACCAAAGCCACUUCUGCCCUAUUUCUGCUUGUUAAGUUCUUACAGCAGUGAGCUGGGUGCACCAAGGCUGCUCUCCCCCGCAGGGAUGUGCAGGAGAUCAUCGACGGGCAGCGAUUUUAAACGGGAUUUCGAUCCUCCUCUCCAGCCUGCGCUGCUUCUGUGCACAGCCAUGAGCUGGGGAACGCAGGAGGUGGGACUGCAGGCACUGAAAUCCUUUGGGGUUUUUCUUUUGUCCUGCAAUAAGUGCAGAACAGCUUCAGAUGAGCACGGCCUGAGGUCGGCGAGGCCAUCGUGCACAAUGGGGACAGCAGGCAGCAUCAGGCAGCACUGCUCCAUCAGCCAGGGCUCCUGCCCUGCAGUUCCCGGUGGGAUUUCUCACAGUCCAAACCAUUGCAGGAAAACAAACAAACAAAAAAUAAAAGCCUUUAAAAGAAACAAAGAAAACCCUGAGAUUUAGGGCUACUCCAUCCCGAGGUCUUUUUUUAAUCGUAUUUUUGGUUUGCUUUUUUUAAUAGAAAGUUGGUACUGGCCCUCGAGAAGGGGGCAGCGGUUGGGUUACCGUUAUUAAGGCGUUGAUAUUUCUUACUGGGGCUUCCAUGGCUCCAUCACCGCGUAUCAGAUGUUUUUAAGCAUGCAGGUCUUUGCAUUGAUGUGUCCUCGGAUCAAUUGAAGCCUAAAUUCGUUUCGUUUUGGUUUUUUAAGAGAACAUGCUGACACUGUACAUAGUUUUAGGGUUUGGUUUUGGUUUGGUUUUUGCCAGCAGCCCUUCUUUAUGCUGUGGAUACCGAAGUCUCGUGUAGAGAACUUUCUAAAACAAAGUGUGAAUAUUUUUAUUACUCCUUUGUACAGCGUUCUAAGAGAAACUAAUAAAGUGAGUAUUCAUGUAAAAA